AAACCCUAGAAUACGAACCUCGACUCACUUGAAACUAGACUUCGUACCUUCCUCUGCUCCCAACUAAUUUGCAAACCUGGUCUCACCGUCCGAUGGCUCGCUUCUCCCACCAACCUCCGUCAACCACCGUCGAUGAAGACUCCUCCGCUUCGAUCUCCGCCGUCCAUCCCGACAUAAUUCAAACUCACAUCCUCACCCGCCUCGACGGCCCCACUCUCGCCUCCGCCGCCUGCACCUCCUUCCAGCUCCACUCCCUCGCCUCCGACCACCGCAUCUGGGCCAACAUCUGCCACUCCACGUGGCCCUCCACCACAACGCCACGUCUCCGCCAAGUCAUCUCCACCUUCCCCGACGGCGCCUUCUCUUUCUUCUCCGACUCCUUCCCGCUUCUCGCCAACUUAGACUCCGCAGCCGCUGCCGCCGAUCAUCACGACAGUCCGACUGAGCUAAUCUCCGCCGUCGAUAUCUACCACGGUGACAAGCUCAUCUUCAGCAAGGUGGUGGAGACGGAGACUGUGAGCGGAUGGUUCACGUGCUCGCCGUUCCGGAUUGACCUGCUGGACCCCAAGGACGUGGUUCCGACGCCGGUGAAGUACCCGGUGGGGCAGGAGGCCGACACGUGUCGCUAUCUGGGGGAGGAACUGAGGCUGAGCUGGAUUCUGAUCGACCCCGUGGGACGGCGCGCUAUGAACCUCUCGAGCCACACGGCGGUUUCGGUGCAGCGGCACUGGCUGAGCGGUGAGGUGCACGCGCGGUUCGCGUCGAUUCUUCCCGGCCAGAGAGGGACGGCGUCGGAGUUCGUGCAGUGCGGGAUCGUGGUGACGUGCGGCGCUGGGUCGGAGGGAGGAGAGUUGCAGGUGAGGGAGGUGAGCCUGCAGGUGGAGGACAUGGACGGAAUGCAUUUGAACGGGAAGGACGGUUUGGUAAUUUUGCAGAGGGGGUUGGAGGGCAGAAAGGGGAGGAAUGGGAGGAGAGGGGAGGAGGGAAGGAGGAGAUACGGAGACUACUUGGAGAGGAAGAGGGAAAGGAAGGAGAAGAAGAAGAGGACAGAAGGGACAUUAGACACUUUGUGUGUCACUUUUGGCGUAUUGGGGUUUUUCCUUUUUUGGUUAUUUAUUUUGUGCAGAUGAUAGCGUGACACUUAUUUUUUCUUAUUCUUCUUCUGUUGUGGUUAAACACAGUAUAUAUACAAACAAACUACUCAAUUAGCUCUAUAUAACUGUACUAAUUCCUCCUAGAUAGAUAAAAUGAGUUCAGCCAUGCAUUGUGAUUCGUUUAGAAAA